AUGGACCAAAAUUGUCUAAUUGGCAAAGAUAAUAAACUACCUUGGAAAAUUCCUGCUGAAAUGAAAUAUUUUUCGCAAAUUACUUCGGGAAAUGCAAUUUUAAUGGGAAGCAAAACUUUUGAAAGUAUUGAAGAAAAUUUAAUUUUUACUGAUAACUUAAAAGAAAUUUUAGAACCAUACAAAGGAAAUCCCGACAAGCAUAUUUUCAUAAUUGGUGAAAAUGGAAAAGAAUUUAGCCGUGGGAAAAAAAGAGUUAAUCCCCCUGGUAUUCAUGGGAGCAAAAGGAAAAGACAUUCGGCUUAUGCUGUACAAAAUAUAGAGAAGCAAAAAGUUCGGCUUCUUUAUGGAUUGAAAGAGAAACAACUUUACAACUUAUUUAGCAAAAUCAAAAAAAAGCAAGGCAGCAUAGGAGAUAAUCUAUUAAUAAGUUGUGAGUCGCGCUUAGAUAACUUGGUAUUUCGCUCCGGGCUAGUUCACACUCGUCGUUUGGCUCGACAGUUAGUGAGCCAUGGACAUUUUUUGGUAAAUGGCCAAAAAGUAAAAACCCCUUCCUAUCAAGUGAAGCCAGAUCAGGUUAUUAAUUUACGAAGGGAAAACAUGGCAGAAAAUAAACUUAUUAAAGGCAGUUUAGAACAAAAUGCCAAAAUUCCUUCUUACCUAACUUUUGACAAGCAAAAAUUAAUUAUCACUUAUUUACGUUAUCCGGUCAAUGAGGAAUUUAACAAAGGCAUUGAUACUGAUUUAGUAGUCCAGUGA